CUCCCGCGGAUGUCCCGCUGUCUCCGAGCGCCUCUUGGACACUUUCGCCAGCGCGAUCACCUGCUCGCGACACGGUUUCUGCCCGGGUUUCUCGCGUCCCCCUCCCCGCUUAACUUUCGCCAUGAGUAUCGCGGACUCAGACACCACUUUUUUGUCCGCUUUACAGCCCAACACCUCGGUGACUACUUAUGGACUCCCGUCCGAGCUCCUUCUAGGGUACGGGCGCACAAUGUCGGACGAGAUGUCCAGAGCGCGGCGCGUACAGCAGCAGGUCCAGAUGAGAAUGGCGGAGAAGUCCACACUUCCGCGUCAGAAUGGAUCGGCCUCACAUUACGCCAAGUCAGACUACGGUGGUUCUUCAAUGAUGAAAUAUAACACCGUUUCCCCAAACUACAGCUCCAAAUCCACCUACGUGUACUCGGGAGCCCAGACAAUGGGUCCUCGCGUAUCCCAGAAACCAGGCUUCAGCAGCCAGUCUGUCGGCCCGGACAUGAUCUUGCACAGGAUCAGUGUCGGAGGUGGGGCUGGUGGAGCUGGAAUGGGUGUUGGAGGUGGGGGUGGUGGAGCUGGAAUGGGUGUUGUAGGUGGGGGUGGUGGCGGUUUUUACCGAGAAGACGUACGCAUGGGCGGCUACCAAGGAGGCUACCAAGGAGGUUACCAAGGAGGUUACCAAGGAGGCUACCAAGGAGGUUACCAAGGAGGCUACCAAGGAGGCGCCGUGCAACAGAGCCGGAUGGAGCCAGAGCCCCUCUCCAUCCACGCCGUGCAGCAUCACACAGCACAGGUCCACCCCUGGGCGGUGGACAUGAGCGAUGCCGGCAGUAUGAUAUCCGACCGGGACGCCAUUUACGGUGGCCAGUAUUCUCAGAGCGCAGUAAACGGCUACACCUCCCAGAUUAGGCAAGGAGGAAGCAUGAUCGUUGCGCCCGCCAUGCGCCGAUCUCUUAGCGGCACCCUGUCCCGCGGCGGAGGGAUGGCAGGAGGAGAGAUGGAGGUCAACCCGCCACAUUCCGUCAAAGGCCCAGCCCAACGCACUCUCAACAGGAUGACACUCCGGAACCGGCAGAGCAUGGGCUCAGUGUCUGGGCAACAGAUUGUCCAAGGAGGGAGCAUCUAUGGUGGAGACAGAAUUGACGGAGGGUUUAUGAACUCCGGAGUGUCCUCUGUUUCCCAGGCGAAUCUUUUACAGCGUAAGGGCACCAUGUCCCGGGCCGUGUCAAUGAGAAGCCUUAAGAGUGUGGGCAGGGGCGCGGACAUCUUCGACACGCAGAUGGACAUGGGAGACACGGGCGGGUUUGACUCCAUGGACAUGGCCACUGCCAUUCAAUACCUGAGCGAGCCCGACAAUGAGCUGAAGGUCAUGGGUGCUGCCUACAUUCAACACGUGUGUUACAACAACAAGGAGGCCAAAGACCAGGUGCGUCACCUGAAGGGCAUUGGUGAGCUGGUGAAUCUGUUCAACUGCGACAACCAGGAAGUGCAGCGUUAUGCCACUGGUGCUACACGCAACCUCAUCUAUGAGAACAUGGACAACAAGGUGGCCCUGAUCGAGGAGGGCGGCAUCUUACAGCUGGUCGAGGCACUCAAAGAUCAUGAUGAGGAGCUCAACAAAAACAUCACUGGUAUCCUGUGGAACCUUUCAUCCAAAGACAACCUGAAGGAGAAACUGGCCAAGGAGACGCUUCCCGAGCUGACCGAAAAGAUCCUUAUCCCUCUGUCAGGCGGCUCGGAAGGCAUCCAGCAGUCUGCCUCUGAGGCGGACAUCUUCUACAACACCACAGGAUGCCUCAGGAAUAUGAGCUCUGUGAGCGAAAAGACCCGUCAACAGAUGAGAGAAACUCGUGGACUGGUGGACUCUUUGGUGGGCUACAUCAAUAGCUCCCUGCAGGAAGACAAGGCCCAAGACAAGGGGGUGGAAAAUGCCGUGUGUGUCUUGAGGAACCUCUCCUACCAGCUCUACACGGAGAUGCCUCCGUCUGUGAUGAUACGACUGGAAGGACAAACCAGAGCUCAGGCCUCGGGGAAGGGCGAAGCCAUUGGUUGCUUCACGCCUCAGAGCCGGAAAUCCCAAAACAGCAAGAACCAGGAUCUCUCCACUUUCACCGAGGUCGCUCGGGUACCAAAGGGCGUGGAGUGGCUGUGGCACCCACAGGUGGUGGGUUUGUACAAACGUGUGCUGGACCAGUGUGAGGACAACUUCACCACCCGCGAGGCAGCUGCCGGAGCGCUGCAGAACAUCACGGCCGGAGACAAGCGGUGGGCGUCCGUGCUGAGCCGCGUGGCUCUGGAGCAGGAGCGCAUUCUGCCAGUGCUGCUGGCCCACCUGCGUACCAACAGUGACCUGGAGCUGCGUUCUCUCACAGGCCUCCUCCGAAAUCUGUCCCGCCAUGCCAAGGAUAAGAAUGAUAUGGCUACAAAGGUGGUGAACAACCUGGUGUCCCUGCUGCCUGAGGAUGGACACCAGAAGGAGCCCUCCAGCGACGUGACCAUCAACAUCUGUGGUGUUCUUAACAACUUAGUGACCAGCAGUUCUGUAGCUGCCCGAGACAUCACUUACUUCGAUGGACUCACAAAACUAAUCGCCAUCAAGAACUCACAUGACAGCAGCUCUGCGAAGAUGAAAGCAGCCAAAGCAGCAGCCACCGUUCUCAGCAACAUGUUCCAGUACAAGAAACUGCACAAAGACUACAGAGCGAAAGGGUUUUCUAGAAUGGAUUUCGCGGAUAUGUCCGUCUAAAAGAAAAGUAACGCCAUGCAAGAUUCACUUCUUCAGCCGCCUGUGGACUAAAUCGACACUUCGAAUAGUUCAAAGAUAGAUCGUAGGCUUCUUACCUGCCUUACUUCGUGAUGACAACUUGGACACACAAGUGAUGGAGCUUCUACUCGACGGAAAUGGACUUCUAGGGUGUUUUAAAAACUCAUCGUUCAAGGAAUGUGGAAUCGUGCGCUGGAUUAUUGAUGGACUUUGAUACAAAUGUGUGCACCUUUAGCAUUUACUCUCUUUGUUUGAACACUGUAUGUUUUAGUUUGAAAUCAGGGAUGUUUUGUCUGUCAGAGCAACAUUUAUUCUGAUAUUUGUUUCUGCCAGUUGAGCAACUGUUGAUGGACGAUAUGGGGACACUUGUGCCUUGUCUUCUCACUUUUGCACCUCAACCACAGCAGAGAUGCCAACAAGUAUACUUUUGUAAAUAUUGCUCUUCACGCAGAAAUCUAAUGUUUUAUAUGUUGCAUUUGUGUACUUUGUAUUUCUGGAUUUUGUGCGUCUAUAAAUGAGUCCAAAUUACAACAUAGUUCUGAUUGAAUGUAAAGAGUCAUAGAAAUGUCGAUCUUUGAUGGUAUGGAUUUUGGCUCCACAGUCGACAUUAGAACUAGUUAAGUGCUUUUUUAAACUUUCCGUUUGUAACUGCUGUGUCAAACUAAACUCAGAGUAUGGCGAGUUCUUCCGGGGUGAAAAGGAUACGAUCCAAACAAAUCCAGUAUUUGUUGUCUUAUUCUAAAUCGACCACUUCACAUUCAGACCCCAUUGAAACUUAAGUUUAAUAUUUAGAUUUUUUAUGUCUCACUUGUAUUAAUCCAAAACUUUAAAUACUUAUUAUUGUCCAUAAAACCAUAUUUCUGUUUGGCUUCUGACUGUUUUAUAUCUGCUUUUCGUGUUGUGUACAGGCAGAUAUAUCAUCUGGAUAUUCAGCUAAUAAAGUUACCGAACUGGAA